AUACACCUUCAAAAGAGAAAAAAAAAACACUCUAGCAAUACACACCAAACUGAACAUGUGCAGAGUGUCUCCACAUGAUAUGUCUUAUCAGGAGAUGAGAGGGGGGCACUGGAAGAAGGGGAGGAUCAGAGGAGACAGGAUGAAACUGCGUUUUUACACACUGCAUAGGAUUAACCCCUUAGGUUCCAUAGUGAGUAUAACAAGCAUGCUUUACGCCAGGGGCGGACUGACCAUUUGGAAACUCGGGCACUGCCCGAGGGCCCGGGGUCAGUAGGGGGUCCCAGGAGAUGCCCCUGGUACCUUUUUUUUCAUAGGCUUUUUUGAGUUUGGGCAAGGACACGGGCCCCAUGAUCCCCUAUUGCCCGGGGGCCCCAUGAGUUGUUGGUCCGCCCCUGCGCAUCACUCAUUCAGAGUUCUGUGAUCGGGUGCCUACAAGUCCUGGCAGCCUCACCAGCUGUCAGCUUGUAGAUUUCAAUGAUCUACCACAGUGCUGUGGAGCGCC